UUUUUUUAUAUUUUUUAAGUUCGGUGAAAGUCUCUUUUCAACUUACUUUUUAACUCUGCAAACAAAAAAAAAUGUCCGCUGCCACAAAGAUGGAUCAAGUAACAACUGCUACUGGAAAGCCUGGACCCCAACAGGCAAGUGCCACCAAAAAUCAGCCUGACCCCACAGGUACACCCCAGGUAGCCAAUGGCACGUCCGGAGGUAAUGGCAAGAAGAAGAAGAAAAAUAAAAAGAAAAACAAGAAAGGAGGUGCAGCCGCAGCGGCGGCAGCAGCCACCACUACAACACCGUCACCAGCAGAAGAGGACAGUACGCCGGCCAAUGAUACAGAUACGCCUACCCCACCUGUUACUACCUCCGACACACCCGUUGCUACGGCUAAGCCUGGAGAUCAGUCCGCUCCCCAGUCAACGGCAACAGCCACGGAUACCUCGGAAAAUGUUGUACCAGCCACAUCCGUUCAGGAUCAGGUGGUGCCAAAGCCGACGGUUGAAACGAGUUUGCCAGAACACAAAUCCUUGUCCGACAUGAGUGAACCAAUUCAGGCCGCCAUCACCUCUGCCAUUCGCUCCCCUAGUAUUGGUCUGUGCGACAUCAUUGCCAAGCAAAAGGCGGCAACGGCGUCUCAAGCCGCCGCCGCACCCACCACGCCAACCAAACCGUUUGAGAAAUUGUCCAACGUACCACAAGCAACCGGAUCGCAGAUGCCAGAAGGAGCAGUAAAGGCUGGCAUUGCAAGUGUGGUCAAUGCAGCCGCCGUUGAUACCGGAGCCAUUGUGAAAAAGGGCAAUGCAGAAGCCGCAGCAGUCGCACCAAUGAACGAAGAAAGGUCCAAGCCCUUGCCUAAACCGGAUUCCUCACUCCCAGAGGGUACAAGCAAAGGAGUUGUGACUCCUCCUGAUGGUGCCAAUGAUCCCACUAUCCACAAGCCUUUACCCACAGCUGCAACAUCCACUACUUCCCAGGGCGUGCCUGCUGUGAACUCGGAACCUCAGCCAAAAGACGCUCCCACAAAAGACACACCGCAACAACCCAGCAGUCCUAAGCGCAGUGCUACAAGUAAGCUGAAGAAGUGCAUCAUUUUGUAAUUAGAAAUAGACUUAUUUUCG